CCCAAUGAAGAAAACAAGCUGAAGAAGGAAAACGAGUGACAAUCACGGAAAGGAGAAGGGAGUCCAUCCGAGCCGUAGGCUUUGGUCUAUGGUCCGAACAGAUCUUACACGAUAAAUCUCAUGACAAACUGUCGAUGGAAAAGUAAAAUUGUACCUUACAAAACAGCAACCAUGUGGCAGCGGGCUGCAUCGUAUGUCUGCCUUGUCCUGUGUUGCCUUCACAGCAGCGCUGCUGAAGUGGAGCUGACCCCUCCAUGGGACGUUUCCAUGAUCACCUUGAACGCUCAUUACACACUGAGCUGGGAGUGGGACCAGAGGGCUCAAGAGUUUGACAACGUCACCUUCACGGCAGAAUAUGUUGCUAUGUACAAGCUCCAGUCUAAGAAGAAGACUCCAACCUGGUCGACGGCAUGUGAAGACACACCAGACAGGUUUUGUGACUUGACCGAGUUCGACCUGCACUAUUUGGGAAUUUACAUGCUCCGUGUACGAGCCAAUGCGAACGGGAGUCACUCGGACUGGGUGCAGAAGGAAUUCUGCCCUGAUAAAGACGCUGAUAUAGGCCCUCCGUCCAAAGUAGACCUUGCUCCUGCAGGAAGUGGCCUGGACGUUUUCAUGUCCGACCCUCUGUCCAGCACCGGCAGCUCCAUGAAGGACAAUAUUGCAGACCUGUACUACCGUAUUCUGGUUUGGGAGCGCUCUGCAGGCAGACAGGCUUCUACCACCGAGCCGUUGGACAGCAGCGCCAACUUGGUGACUGUGUCAAAGCUGAAGCCCUGGACCUGGUAUUGUGUGAGCGUGCAGUCUCGCUACGACUUCUACGACAAGAAAAGCAACUUCACCUCACCGCUCUGCAUGAAGACUGAAGGCGCUGUUCCGUGGUGGCAGAUCGUUGGGUACUUUGUCGGCUCACUGGUCGUCUGCUUCCUGGCCGUGCUGCUGGUUCUCUACAGCCCCUUUUGGUGCUUCCAGAAAGUCAAGAAAACGCUCCACCCCUCCACCAAGCUGGCCCCACAUUUCACACAGCAUCUUUGUGACUCUCCUGGGUCAGACAUUCCUCGCCUCCUCACCUUAGAUCCAGAAUCGGAGCUCUUGUGCGAUAAUGUCACAUUGGUCCCGGAGCCGACUGACCUGGAAGUCCUGAUUCUCCCCCCCGAGACCCUGACAGGACCCCCGUCAGGCCUGCAGCCGGACAGCAGUGGCAGACACAGCCGUCAGAAUAGCAGCAGCAGUGGAGACUCUGGAGUUUACUCCACGGGGGGCAGCAGCGGCAACAUGCAGCAUCCCAACCACAGCCUGUCCUUAGCGGAGGACUGCUUGAAGGGCCGAGUGGACCUGGAGAAGCUGAAGAUGCAGGACAUGGUUGCAGGCCUCAACAGCCGGCUGACUGCAGACGAGGGCACUGCAGACAUGUCCGUCUGAAGGCGGGCCUGGAAAAGAAAAGGACCAUUGUAAAGAAGACGAACAGACGUUUAUAUUAAGGAAGCUGCAGAUGUGGAAGUUUUGCCUAUAUUGUCACCUUUCACUGUGAAACAAGGGCAUAACAUGCUUUGUUUAAAAAAAAAAAAAAAAGACAUAAGCUGAUGAGUGAUUCACAGUCAGCAAAACUGAUUUGCUGUUACAGCACUCACUGUUUCCAGCUUCCAUGGAGAUAAAGUGGGGAUGAACCAACUCACCACUGACCCAGCUCUCUGUACUGAUGCUUUUGAAGAACCAGACCCUUCUUUUUGUUCAAAAUAAUCUUGGUUUUGAACAGGAAGUACUGUCAAUCCUGAUUUGAGUGUAUUUCACAUUCCGUCUUGCUCGCAUUUCCAGCACCCAUUGUCUUAACCCUGCUUUCAUGACGUGAGUGAUGAAUGUGACGCCUUAAUCGGAUCAAGUCUAUCUCUGUGGCAGUCUGCAUAUUGGUGUUACUUCUCUUUACCGGACACGUUAUUUUAAUAAGUUCAUGCUGUAGCCUGCGUGUACAAAUGAAUUAGCUACAGUUAAUCAGAGAGAUUUUGGGGGGGUGGGUGUACAAAUCUGUCUCAGUCACUAUUGAGUUAAGUUGAACAUGGUGAUAUUUAAAACUGGUGAUUAGAUGAGAAAAACUGGAAUUUCAACAGUGUAGCGUCACUAAAACAUGUUGUUGACAUCCAAACUAACAGUCCAUCCAAAAAAAUCUCAUUUAAAAAAAAAAAAAAAGAAAAACAUUAUGUUUGUACCUCGCAGUGAGGAGAGGAAAAGUCAGGAAACUUUCCUUAAUCCUCAUUAUUCAUUGGAAUUCAUUUUUGUCCUUUCAUUGUUUGUUCUUAUGACACUAUCACUGAACGUGUAUCAAAUAUGUUGAUACCUCACAAAUACACUCGAGCACUUAUUCUACGCAUUUUGCAUUUAACAAAGCCAAAGCUGCUUGAUAUGGUUUGUCUGUGCUCUGUAAGCUUAAUGAUGAAUAUAAAGUGUCCAUGUCUAUACAACCCCUGGUAAAACAGCCGUACAUUUUUGUAAUAAGUAUCAAAUCAAGAUGCUGUGCCUAUAAAAAGUACAAAAAACAA